GCGUUGUAAUACAGAGACGGCGUAGGAAUGUGUUGAAGGUCUGCUAAAUAUAUAUAUAUAUAAUAUGUUCUGGGUCCGUGUAGGCAGGGAAAUCUGAAAUCUUCACACUUUUAAAAGCACACUGCAUGUGAAAUUAGCCGGGUUUUGGCAGUGGUCUAAUGUGAACCCCAAGCUGAUGUUCUAUAAGUGAAAAACACUUUCAACCAGCCAAACAGGAAACCAAGUAAAGGUACCAUGUCUAACAGAAAAUCUGAUGGCUCCAUGGGUGACAAGUCUCUUCUUGUUCCGGGGGGCUAUUUCAGCUCAGCCCUUACGCUGGACCAGCCUCCAGGUCGUUCGGCUUCGAGCAUCAACCUGUCCACUGUCAGUUCACCAGAAGAUGAUAGGAGAACUGUAGUGCUCAGCACUCAGAGUAAUGCAGCUCGGAAGCUGGGCACUCAACAGCUCAUUCCCAAGAACCUGGCUGUGACUAGCCGCCCAAAAAACCGCCACCACACGACCGUUGUGACCCUGCCCGUCUCCCUGCAGGCCACGGAUAUCUCCUGGGAGGACUAUGACAGCGAUGCAGGUGAUGGGUUUUCGCUGAGGAGAAACCGCAGGAAUCAGUCCUACCGUGCUGCAGUCACCAGUUUGAAUAUUGAUGCUUUGCCAACCGAACUCCAAACAGAAACGCUGACACUGGUCAGUGAAGCCAAGGCGGCCAACCAAAAGCAAGCACACAAAUCGGGACGCAAGAGAACAUUGGGGAGGAUGAGGAACAGAAAACAUGCUGGCUCAUUUAAAGAUGAUCCGCGCUUUUACCAGGAAAUAAGGGAGCGAGGUCUGAACGCCAAUAACCUGAGCACCGAGGAUGAUGAGUUCACACCGACCGAGCCACCAGAGGAGGAUCAGGGCAUUGUGGUGAAGAACUACAGGGCAGCGUACAUGACAUGGAGUCAACUACAACAGGUGAAGGAUUUGGGCAUUUUGGAUAUCAUCUCUUCUGAAGAACGCAAAAGACAAGAAGCCAUCUUUGAAAUCAUCACAUCAGAGUUUUCCUACCAGCACAGUGUAAGCAUCCUGGUGCGUCAUUUUAAGGACAGUGCAGAUUUGAAAAAGACCAUGACAGCAACGGAACACCAUCACCUGUUCUCCAACAUAUCUGUCAUCCAGGAAGUCAGCAAACGGUUUUUUGAAGAUCUGGAAAAGCGUCACCAAAAACACCCUGUGAUUCAGGACAUCAGUGAUAUAGUGCAGAAUCAUGCGACUCACCACUUUGAGCCGUAUAUUGUGUAUUGUUCCAAUGAGACUUUCCAGCAGAGAACGCUCCAGAAACUACUGUCAAGCAACACUGCGUUUCGAGAGAGUUUGAAGCAGAUUGAAGGCAGUGAAGAGUGUGGAGGUUUGCCUAUGAUCUCCUUCCUCAUCUUACCCAUGCAGAGAGUUACCCGUCUGCCACUUCUCUUGGACACCAUCUGUCAGAAAACCCCACACGACAAAGCUGAAUACUAUGCUGCCCGUUGGGCUUUAAAAGCUAUCAGUAAGCUGGUGAAGAACUGUAAUGAUGGAGCGCGGAGGAUGGAGCGGACGGAGCAGAUGUACACCAUCCAGAAACAGAUGGAGUUUGGCAAAAUCAAGCCUUUCCCGUUAGUGUCGUCAUCUCGCUGGCUGAAAAAGAGUGGCGAGCUGGCUGCGUACACUGAUGAUCUCAGCAUUUUCAGGAAGGCUUUCGGCUACAAGAGCUUCUACCUGUUCCUCUUCAAUGAUGUGCUCAUCGUCACGAAGAAAAAGAGUGAGGAGAGUUAUGUUGUGUUGGACUAUGCCACUGUGGAGAAGGUGGAGGUGGAAGAGGAAAUCACAGACUCCAAACUCAAUCUGAAACUGAUAAUGAGUCCCAACAGCGAAGGCCGUUGUGAACAGAUGAUAUUCGUUGCAGAAAGCAAGCUGGACAAAGCUCGAUGGGUCACAGGACUCAGUGAUGUCAAACAAAGCAACAGCAUUGCUAAUGAUAAUCUGCCUCAAUAUGAAGCUACUAAAGCCUAUAUGCCAAAAGCACCAGAUGAGCUGAGCCUGCAGCAGGCAGAAGUGGUCAUCGUUUCACAGGAGUUGGACGGUUGGUGUCAUGGAGAGCGGAUGAGAGAUGGCGAGAGGGGUUGGUUUCCUGCCAGCUGUGCCACUCAGAUCACGAACCGCACUGCGAUGGAGAACAACAUACAGCGCAUGGCUCGACUACGCAAGGAGACCGACGUCUGAGCG